GUAUGUACAUGCCAUACUGUCAUUGACAGUUUGCCAAAAGUCAAAAGAAAAUCCGAGAAAGCUUGCUUGAAAGGAUAUUUUGCGGGUGUAUUGAGCGCAAAUUUUAAACGAUAAAUGUUUUAUUCUUGUAAAUCUUAAUUUGGUUCAUAAGCAAAAAAUUAAUUACUAUGUUUCGUAUCAGUAUAUUGAAAAAGUUGCAGCCAUUGGUUAAAGUGGGUCACCAUAAAAGAACAAAGUCUUCCUUUUACCGAGGAGUGAACUUCCUGUUUAAAAAAAAUUUGUUACUAACAAACAGUAUAACGUCAGGAGGAUUUAUGGCAAUUGGAGAUUGGAUUCAGCAAGAAAUAGAAAUACAUGCAAAAUUGUUACCUGCUUUUGACUGGCCUCGGGUAGCAAGGAUGUUAAUAGUUGGAACUGUAAUGGGACCAUUACAUCACUACUACUAUAUUUAUUUAGACAAAUUAUUGCCUCUUGCAAAUCUGAAAACAGUUGCAAAGAAGAUUGCUUAUGAUCAGUUGUUUGCAUCUCCUGCUACUAUUCUGUGUUUUUUCUAUGGAAUGGGUAUUUUAGAAAAAAAAUCUUUAAGUCAAUGCACAGAUGAGAUAAAACAAAAGUUUGCAUAUACUUAUGUGGGUGAUUGCUUAUUUUGGCCACCGGUGCAGUUUGUAAAUUUCUAUUAUCUACCAACACACUACAGGGUAUUUUAUAUUAAUUUCGCAACAAUGAUCUUUAAUGUGUUUUUAUCAUUUAUUAAGCAUUAUGAUCAGCACAAACAUGAUAGCUAACUGUGAUGUAUAUAAAAUAUUAGUUAAAUGUUAAUGUACAUUAAAUAUACACCUUUAGUAUUA